AUGACCUUAUCGCUCCGCCGGGUCAUGGAGAUUUUGGACGAUCGCCUGCGAUAUUACGACGAGGAACUCAUCCAGGAGCUGGGCGAAUACAAGAACGAAGUAGGCAUUCACAUCAAGAACUACCGCCUUCGCCAGCCAGCUGUCGCGUCCUUUUGGUUCGGUCUGCGCGAUAUCGAGCAUCUGCACAUCUCAGGCUGCAUAUGCGAGCCUUACUUGCGCUUUUGUAAUGCGUGCGACGACACCUUUACCCUCCACAUCUUCAAUGUCGCGUUCAACCACCUAACGGCUUUCCAUCUGUUCUGCAUGUACGUUAGUGGUGGUCGUCUUCGAAGAUGGCUCCGAGAGCAAGGCCACACACUCACUCAGUUGCAAUUCUCAAACAAUGUCUUGACUGAUGGUUCAUGGAAGACAAUCGCACAGGGGCUGCAGAAGCUACCUUUUCUGCGUGAGCUUGCUCUCGAGCAUAAUCUUUUGCAGAAAGGCGCCGUGCCAAGACCGCUAGGUCAACAGAUACCUGUGUAUCAAUGCGAGGACACCGACGAUGACGAUACGGAUGUAGACAAAGUUCGCCACUAUCUGGCAUUCUUCAUCGAGAAUUUCUGCACCGAAAGAUAUACGGGUAGUAGAUAUUUGCCGUGGCCCUUGCCGUAUUAUCACAUGGUGGAUCUACCGAUCUACUCGCUGAAUUACGGCCCGGAGACUAUUGACCGUGACCCUGCUUUGAAGGCGCUGGAAAAGUACAUUGUGGAAGUUGAAGGGGAGUAA